ACGUUUGUGCAACGUGAUAUCGUUCGCUGGUUUUUAUCUCAACUUCCGCUUGUUCUCUGUACUGAUAGAGCAAAGAAACGUUACCAAAACGUUUUAUAAAGGCUUUCGGAAACGUUUCAUCGGCUCACGGUUUGGAAAAACUUAAAUGGAGCACGGUAACGGGGAUAACCCCGACUGGCCGAUGCAACGACGAGUGGAAGGUUUUGUAAACAAACAUAUGGCAGACAUUGCUCGAGAAGCCCUCCAGCAGAGGCUGACUGCUGUGUCAGAUGAGAUGCACAAUCUGGCCGAACGUGUUUCCAGACGAUCAGGGGAAGAGUUCAAAGACGACCCGCGGCAAGGGGACGUGAGCUUCGGUGUACAGCCGCCACUCUGCUCCGCCUGUAGCUCCGGAGCCGCAGACAAGUUACUUUCUGCCCCAUCCACAGAGAUGGCUGCUCAGCGGAAGAUCAUCGGCCUACUGGUGGAGAUCCAAGAGGAGCAGCAGCGACAGUGGGCAGUGCUGAGGGAUCUUCAGGCCCGCCUGCAGGGUCCGGCCGGCUACGAGGAAGAGGAUGUUGAGGCCCUGGACAUGGAUCUCCCCCUGAGGACCCUGGAGCAGCUGGAUGACAUGGAGAGGCAGCUGGAUGACGCAGGAAUACAGAAGAGGAUGGUGUCUUACCUGUCCCGGAUGGGCGGAGCUACGGUUGAAGAUGCAGUGAGACGCCUUAUGCAGGCUGUGCUUUCAUUCGCUGUGGGUUCUGAGCUUAACUGGGUGGGCCGCGGACAGAAGAGAAGCUUCAGGAACACUCGCCUCCAAGGGGUCCUCUUCUGCGCCCUGAAACGAACACCGGUGGGUAAGGAGGCCACACAUCACCAGUACGCUGACGUGGUGAAGAAAUGGCUGCGGUUUGCUCCGUUCAGACAGGGAGGGACCGGCCGUCGCUGCUACAAAGCUCCUGUGGAGUUUCCAGAUUCCGAGGAAACUGACUGAGUUUUAACCACACUGACAUUCAUGGUAUCCCAAGAUACCUAAACAUGAGGGUUUCCAUUCUGAGACAAGAUAUCCACAUGUAAACAUUUUAAAAAAAACACACAUGCAUGAAAAUAUUUCUGUUAUGAUAGCAAUAUAAUUAUGUCUUAAGACACCUGCACACUGUACACUUUUGUAUUUUUCCUCUUCCUGCUAAAAGUGCAAAUGUCCUUUUUAAAGACGCGAAUGAGAAGACAUUUUCUUCAUUUCAGUGAGCUGUGUUAGAGAAGAACGAUGGCAAUGAUACGUCUUACAGAACUUCACUAAAAAAACAUUUGAAUGAAUCUUUCUUUCUUUUUUAUAUCGGUCAGUGCACAUCAGUCUCAGUUGUUUAUAAAUGGAUGUAUAGUGUCUUAGGAUGAAACCAUUCACUGUAUGAUUUUUUUUUUUCUUCUUCUGUAUGUUAAAGCAUUGUUUCACCCCUUGUACACCAACAGUAUUUUCUCCUUUCUUAAUGCCUAAUGCAUUGUUGUAACUCUUCUGAGGGUAUGUGAGCUUUGUACA